AAACUGUGUUUUUCGACAUUAACAGAAUAUCGACAAAGUUUUGUGCACAUUUGCAAUGGAAACACAGCUUGUGUCAGCCACGAUACGAGUUCCAGUUCCUGUUGAUGUGCUUCUAUACGCCGAUGACACGCUGCUAAAUUUAGACAGCAGAGUCAGCUCUGAGCCAGUCAUCGGCCACUCGUUUUGGCUCAGCUGUCCUCUGACGCCUCCAGAGCUGAGUUUAUUCCCAGAACCACCGAGUGUGACCUGAGUGACUAAAACUACAGCUGUUUGUUUCAAAGCUGCGGUUUUCAACAUGUAAAUGAGGUCGAUGACUCCAGCUCCACCUUCAGGGCUUUAAAAGCCCAGCUGCUGGUUCUGAGCCCUGCAGAUCGUCUGCUCGAUCUGUGAACGUCAGCAGAGUCAUGCCUUCGAUGGGUGCAGAGAUGCUCGCCAUGGCUCUGGCUGUCCUGGGCUGGAUCUGUGCCUUCGUGUCCUGCGUCCUGCCCAUGUGGAAAGUGACGGCUUACGUUGGGAUGAAAACCUUCACCACAGAGACUACGUGGGAGGGCAUCUGGAUGACCUGCCUGUACCAGAGCAUGGGUUACAUCAGGUGCCACGGCUCCUACUCCACGUUGGCUCUGAGCUACAGUCAGCAGGCCGCUCGCAUCCUCACCGUCGCCUCCAUCCUGAUGGGAGCUCUGGGUCUCCUGACGGCCUCCGUCGGGGCAAAGUGCACCAGAUGUGUGGCCGAAGAGGCAGCUAAAGCCCGGGUGAUGGCAGCCGCCGGCUGGACCUUUGUUUUAGCCGCUCUGGCACAGAUAAUCCCCGUGUCGCUGUACGCUCAUUCCAUCAUCGUGCACUUUAAUGAUCCGGGCGUACCCAAGGAGUCCAAGUGGGACCUGGGUGCAGCUCUGUACCUGGGCUGGGCAGCUGGAGCCUUUCUCCUCUUCGGAGGCGUCAUCCUCUGCCUAAGCUGCUCCAAACCGGCUAAGGAAAGGCUGAACCCUCCGUCGGUGGCGAUGUACGCCCAAAACAGRCCGACCUCUCCGAGCAGCUACAAGAAGGACUUCGUCUGACGAGCUGCUCUUUUCUCCUGAAGGAAAACUGGAAAAGACAAAAAAAAAAACUGCUUUAUGAAAACAUCACAUUCCUGCUGUUUUUUAUUUUAAUGAAACUUGGAGACAAAUUCUUCCUCCUGUCAAUCAAAUGUAGAAAUGAUGAUGUCGUGUUUUGUUUUAUAAAGUUCACACACGUGAGUUACUGUGCUGCCAAUAAAAAAGCAAUGUUUCAGUAUUUGUUGAAGUUAUCUUGAACGUUACCUUAUUAAAAAAGCACUUUUUAAAUGAAAAUGUGUUUUUGUUUUCUUAUUUUUUACAACAAGUUUUAAAAUUCUAUUGUCAUCAUUCGCAGAUAAACAACAAAUUAACCUGUUGUGAGUACUGUGUAAGUAUU